GACACGAUUGGUUGUUUCUACUAUCAUACCCCUAUUUUUCAGCCACACGCAGCGUCUCUUUGGCAUUUGUUCAAUAAAGUUUGUUAUGAGGUGCAUUUCCAAUCUUGAUCCGUCAACAAUCUUGGUAUAUUCUCAAUUUUUCAAUGUUCAAUCUGCAGUCUGUAGCAUCUUUCAAUGUGUCUGCUGUUUUGUUAAUUAUCUCCAACAACACCCGAAUCUAGUUCGUUAAUUUUAACUUUGCUUUAACCAGAUUAUUGGUUCUUUUCACCUGUUGCCUUUGCUUUAACAAUGUUAGUGAUAAAAACAGACUUUCCUGCUCCAACGUUAGCCCCGUUGAAUCUGCUGAUCAUUCCUUCAUUAUCUCUUAUGCUAUCUUUUUAUCUGAUGUCUAAUAACUCUUGCAUUUUGUCAAUGUAUUCAGUCAUCUUCUUGGAACCCAUUUAGUGAUUUCUGGAUUGCCGAAUUCCUCUCUGGCAGAAUGUAACACGUGUUGCGGCCUGCUGAUAAAGUCAGCAUUCCGUUUCAAAAGGUUAUUGAUGUUUAUGAGCUCAUCCUACUCUGUCUUGUGUUCCAAAACUUGAUCUCGAAGGGCCAUCCCUCCGCCUCCUGGCACAGAGCCCUCAGAUGUCUAGGCCCAUUCAUGAUCAAAAUCCACGGCUAAGAGUUACCCACUCAACCUCUCUUUUCUAAAGCACUUUUCUUUUUGCUUCAAAUCAUUUAAUGCUAGAUUACUUUAUCUUGAGUUGAUUAUAUAGAAAGAUUAACAAAUUGCUAGUGCACGCUGCAUUAGAUUGGCGCGUUUUUGCAUAUCUCUGUUAUCUAAUUUCUUGUCUCCGUAUGGCUUUGGGUAGUUUCCAGUUCAGGAGCACAAUCGUUUGCCAAAAAUUUUUCUUUCUUUACUCGCAAAGCAUCCUCCAGUGGAAUUUCAGUUUGCUAUUGCGAUAAAUUUUUCAAUAUUGUACUUUUUAUUCUAAUCUGAACAAGUAUUUUCUACUUAGUUUUGUGGCAUUUCUUUUCCGUAACUGCACAAUAACAGCUCGCCUGUAAAUAUAACACUGGGUCCCGAGACCGACUUGAAGCUGUGAGCUUGGUUUAUAUGGUGCUGAUGCUUAGGCCCGUCGUAGAUCAAAGUGCCAUCCACGUAACAUUCUAAACUGAUAUCUUAAGUAAAGCAUCUUCUUAGGCUGGUUUGUGAAACUGUGGUUGUGAACUACUGUUGGAGAGACAAAGUAAAUUACAAUACAGAAAAGGUGUUCUGAAUAUCACUAGGACAUGAAUAAUAGACACUGUAUGAUGGUUUAAAGACACUUUCUGAGAGAGUCAUAUUUUACCCAGAAAUAUAAAGCUAAAUUGUGACGUAACAUUAAUUCUUUCAUCGUGACGCUAGAUUCAUACUGCUACUAUAUAUUUAAUACUGCUGCGUCUUGGGCAAAGAUUCAUUUGUGAAUUUAGCUUUGGUAGGAAACAUGUCUGGUACGUGCAGUGAUAAUUUACAGAAUUUUGCAAUGAAUCACAUUUCAGAUGACAUUCUACUGUUGAUUUUCUCCUUCUUCAAUAAGAAGGAGUUGUGUGAAGCAGCCAAAGUAAACAAACGAUGGCAUAGAGUCUCCUGUGAUCCAAGUUUAUGGAAAGACCUGAAUUUGCAGCGAAUUGUGUCUGGCCACAGCUCGGAUUUCCUUAACCCAAUGGUAACCUCCAGAUUGUCAUCUCUAAGAAAUGUUCAUUUUGGUCCAAUGCAUAUCAAAUUUAGGACACUGAAAUCAGUUCUAGUUAGAUGCAAGAAGCUUGAAACUAUCAUUUUCGGACGUGGAAGCAGAGUGCAGAAACAUGCCAAAAGGAAAGCAAUGAUCAUUCCACAAAACAUACAGACAUUGGAUAUGCGUCUUGCCAAAGGCAACUUUGAGUUUCUCCUCGCAAGCGGACCACGUUUCCAGUCUCUUGUCAACUUUGGGAUCGGACGCGACUCGUAUACGCACAACUUUUUCCCUCAUCUGUUUUGCCAGGCAACAAAUCUUAAGAUUUUGGACCUAACAAAUUGUGACUCCUUGGUUGAUGACCAACUCUAUGAUGUAUUCACGCGGUGUACAUUAUUGGAGUCUUUAUGCCUGAUUGGUUGUCGGAAGCUCACCGGAACAUUCUUGCCGAAUCUGGCAAGGACCUGUCGCCGACUACAGACACUUCUGAUCCGUUAUAUGCCUAUUACAGACAGUGUACUUUGCUCAUGUGAAUGGGACUUGCUUCCGCUGGAAGAGAUCGAUAUAUCAGCUUGUCCCGAGAUCACAUGGAUGGGAUUAUCCUCAUUCAUUCCAAAAUUGAAUUGCAUACGUUACCUGAACAUGUCCUACUGUGGAAUCGGACAUGCAGUUACCGAUGCGAUACUGACACAACUUCUUGUUCGCGGUAUAGCAUCUAAGAUAGAGAUGCUUGAUCUUCGCUGGAGUUUUCUUGUCUCUGCACAUGUGCUUCGCGAAUUUCUGUCCAGUUGUAAAAAUCUACAGUAUUUAGGAAUCUAUCAGUCGAACGGAGUGAAUUCAAGUGUCGUUUCGGAUGUUGCCAAGAACCUCCCCCGACUUAAGACGAUCGAAUUUGGUGGCCUAAAGCAGGAAAUUUUAACAUCAAGUCAUAUGCUUCAAAGUCUGCGAGAGAAUUGCAAGCAGUUAUCAGUCCUAUCGUUAAUAAACUUUUGCACGAUAAGUGCACCUUGUGAUGAGCGACAAUUUGAGGAACUUAUAAAGACUGCCAAGAAUUUAGAACGUAUUAAUCUUUGUGACUGCAGUGAGGAGCUCGUAGCGGCCGCAAGAACAGGUGCUCUAAAUACGCAAGUCAAUGUGACUGAACGGUGGGAAUGUGCACUUCCUCCUCCCGUGCAUACACUCGACUUUGUAACACGAUGCUAACAUUAGUUUUUCGCUUUUAUCUUUGUUGAAUUAUUUGAAGAAUUCUUUUAGACGAUAUAAUUUUGCAUUGUUUCUUCUCCCGCAAACUCCUAACAUUAUACUAAACUAGUCCUCUUCUUCCUAUCGACGAUAAUACGGCUCUGUCUACAGAGCAUCUAGCACUGUGACAAAGCGGUUUGCAAUAAUCAUCGUUACUUCACAGAUUUAAUUUACUUUGCUCGUCGACCAUGUGAGCAGUGGCGUAACCGACAAAGGUUCGGGUUAGAGAAACUCCUAAGGGCCCCCAAGCCUUUGGCGCCCCCAAAAAUUUUCAAUAAACAGGCCUUUUUGCAUUAUUUUAUGUGAAAAUAGAUUUAAAAAGUUAAUAUUCUCCCGUUAACAGGCUGCACGAUGCCUUUUUUCUUUUAACUUCUUAAAAACCACCGCUGUAUCUUAAAUCCUGAUGUUUUCCUUUCGAUGAAGUGGGAGUAAUCCAGACCUUGGAUAAGAGGCCAAGGAUAUGGUGCAAA